UUUUGCCGUCUGCCCUCUACCCGUCGCCACUCCCUCCCCCUCUUCUCACCCCUUUGCCCCGUGUCACUCCCCCUCUUUCACUCCCUGCUUUUCCUUCCAGUAUGGUUCUUCUGUUGUGCCUUUGGCUCUGGUGAGGGGAGCUGGGGGAGGGAUCUCGCGAUUGUUGGACUUUUUUUCGGGGAGGGGGGUUAUUUGGAAGAUGGCGCCCGUUGUUACGGGGAAGUUUGGUGAGCGACAUCAGCCUCAGCGUUUGACAAGGGAGGCUAUGAGGAAUUACUUGAAGGGGAAAGAUGAUCAAACAGUGCUCAUACUCCAUGCAAAAGUUGCUCAAAAGUCAUAUGGCAAUGAAAAAAGGUUUUUCUGCCCCCCCCCAUGUGUGUAUCUGAUGGGCAGUGGCUGGCAGAAGAAGUUAGAGACUAUGGAAAAGGAGGGUUGCACAGAGCAGGAGGCUCAGCCGUGUGCGUUCAUUGGGAUAGGAAAUAGUGAGCAGGAGAUGCAGCAACUCAAUCUGGAGGGGAAGCACUUCUGCACAGCGAAGACACUGUAUAUCAGUGACACGGAUAAAAGGAAACACUUCAUGCUGUCUGUGAAGAUGUUAUAUGGCAACAGCGCCAACAUAGGAGUCUUCCUCAGCAAGAGGAUCAAGGUCAUUUCCAAGCCCUCUAAGAAGAAACAGUCCUUGAAAAAUGCAGAUUUGUGUAUCGCUUCAGGGACUAAAGUGGCAUUGUUUAACCGCCUGCGUUCCCAGACGGUUAGCACCAGGUAUCUUCAUGUGGAGGGGGGGAACUUUUAUGCCAGCUCCCAACAGUGGGGUGCCUUCUACAUCCACCUGUUGGACGAUGAUGAGUCUGAAGGAGAGGAGUUUGCUGUGAGAGACGGCUAUAUUCACUAUGGCCAGACGGUCAAAUUGGUCUGUUCUGUUACUGGCAUGGCCCUGCCCAGACUGGUCAUUCGCAAAGUGGACAAGCAGACUGCAUUAAUGGAUGCAGAUGACCCAGUGUCCCAGCUUCACAAGUGUUGCUUCUACCUGAAAGAUACAGACCGAAUGUAUCUCUGUCUCUCACAGGAGAGGAUCAUCCAGUUCCAGGCCACACAGUGCUCCAAAGAGACUAACAAGGAGAUUGUUAACGAUGGGGCUUCCUGGACAAUCAUUAGCACUGACAAGGCUGAGUACACCUUUUUUGAGGGAAUGGGCCCUGUCCACACACCGGUCACACCUGUCCCUGUGGUGGAAAGUCUGCAGUUAAACGGGGGAGGAGAUGUGGCAAUGUUGGAGCUGACGGGGCAGAACUUCACCCCUAACCUCAGAGUGUGGUUUGGAGAUGUGGAGGCUGACACCAUGUACAGAUGUGGAGAGAGCGUCCUGUGUGUGGUGCCAGAUAUUUCUGCCUUCAGGGAGGGAUGGCGCUGGGUGAGACAGCCAGUUCAGGUCCCCGUCACGCUGGUCCGCAAUGAUGGAAUCAUCUACUCCACCGCCCUCACCUUCACCUACACCCCUGAACCAGGGCCCCGACCCCACUGCAGUGCUGCUGGGGCCAUCCUGCGGUCACACAGCACCUCUUCUUCAUCACCAGCAUCUUCGGCCUCACCAUCUUCCUCGUUGGGCGGGCUCGGGGACAGCCAUGGGGCUUACAACAAUAGUGACUCGGGCAUGUCGUCAGGGGCGUCGACCAUGGCGGUGCUGUCAUAGUAAUACUUACUAUGUGUGUGUUGUUGUUUUUUUGUGUGUGUGGUUUGAAUGACUGAGUUAGAAAAUGUGUGCAUGUACUUUCCAAAGAGGCUCAUGGACCUGUGAAGAAUUGCACACAGAUUCGGAAACUCUUCAUCGGAGAGCAACUGUGAUUAUCAGGAAUGCUACAGUUGGGAGAAAAAAAAGACAAUUAAAUUGAUGGGGUGACUGAAGCAUCGCUUUGGCUCCCUCUUGUGGUUUGUUGUGGGUAUGUCAAAGUCCCACUUAAACAGACCCUGAUAUCCAAGACCUUCACCUAAAAGAAGAUUAAUCUGCCUUCUAACUCCCACAACAACCUGAUUUGUCCAAGAACCAUUUUGUUUUUAUAUGCCUUAGGGUUUGCAAGCUAUUUUCACUAUGCUCUCUUUCUACCAAGGUCAUGUUUUUAUUGAAGAACUUGUUGAUUUUUAUGUGGUGUGCAAGGGAAAAAAAUUGUUGUAAAAGUAACAUAGUUUUUACGGACCAAGGAAUAUUAUUAUACUAUUUUAUUCAUAUUAUAUUUUAUAAGCUUUUGCUAAGGUACAUUUUGACAUUUUUUUGUAUGAAACUGCAAAGUCAGUUCAUUUUUGUUACCAAAUAGAAUUUUUCAUGUCAUUGACUCCUACUUGAGUUUUGCCUCAGUGGGUGGUCAAGGCGGAAAUGGCUUGUAAUGUGUCUCUUAAUAGUUUGACUUCAGGUCCUCUGCUUUUCUCCCCUUUCUUUAAUCUCCACUGGUGUGUUUUGGAAUUAGACUGCCAAAUUCAUAAUUACUUAAGAGUCAUUACAGCCGAUUUCACUAUCCUACAUGCUGUAUAACAAUGACUGAAAUGAUCAGGCAAAGGUUUUUAGGAGAUUCAUCAGACAAUUAAGACAUGCGCAUAUCUGCCCAUAGUUCUCUUCUAGGUCACUGGGCUUGACUGAUCAGUCCUAAAAUACUUUUUUUAUAACAGAAAUAUGAUACUAAUUUUUUACGAGUGUAGUGUGUGUGUGUGUGUGUGUGUGUGUGUGUGUGUGUGUGUGUGUGUGUGUGUGUGUGUGUGAGAGAGAGAGAGAGAGAGAGAGAGAGAGAGAGUGAAUAUGUAAAACGCCAUUGAUGCAUUCUGGUAGACCAAGGCCUGUGUUUUCUACUCAGUAUGCUGUUUUUGUACCAGAGUGCUUAAACUCAAAUCUAAAUAUGACCAGUCCCUCUUUUACCAUAGCUAUGUACACAGCAGUGUAAACAAAAUUACAGUAUUAAGUUUAUAUAAAUUACUAAGGAAAGGAGCAAUGAAAGAAAAUCUAAUAUCUUUCUACUGAAAAAGAUUUCAUUUUGUGCACAUGGCACAUUUGUUUUUGAGAGGCCUCAAGUUUCCUUUUGAGUUUGUGCUUUUGUUUUGGAGGAGAAGCUUUAACACCGCCUCUGCCAUCUAGCUUGUAGCACUUUCCUCACAGCCCACCUGAGCUCAGCAAUGUCUCUUUGGGAUUGAGCGUUGCUGAGUCAUGUUUUGUCAAACACACCAUCUGACUGCAAAUGCAGUUGAACUAAUCACCCGUGGUUGUGCUUUGGUACUUAUGUGAUGAGGUGAUGAUUUGUACAGAUUCAAACUGCCUACCUACCUUUUUCAGCCGGUUGAACAUUAAAAAAAAUGGAUCUUUAACUUACUAAACUAGUCAGGAAUGACAUUGUCGUUCAGGUUAUGUUGCCUUAAAAACCACUACCAAUAGCAUCUGUCUUGCUUAAAAUGUCUCACAAAGUAUCCUGACUUCCUCAUGCUUUUUGUAUUAUACUGUAUAUGUUUCAGGACUGAGUUUCAAGUAAAUGUGCAAGGUUGGCCAGCUUACUGCCAGGUGGAUGUUUUCAUGACAAUGAUGUGAAUUACUUAAUUUCUUUUAUAUGUAUAUUCACCAUUGCCUAAAAAGUAGAUUUAUGGUUGUAUAGGUAAGUAUUUACAUCAUAACAAUCCAGCGACACGACACCUCUUUGUGGUAGCAUCAAGUGACAUCUGAACAGUCUGUCUAUUGCCACAACAGUUCCUUUUCCUGCGGCCAGUAUAGAAUAUUCUUGAUUUAAUGUUUUAUAUCACAGCAGUUUGCUAAAGGGCGUACUUUCAGUAAUCCAAUGACACUGUAGUUGGUUGGAGGUGGUGGGAUGUGGCAUUUUUGGUCACCCCAUUUCCACACCUGAUAAUGUCUUUGCCCAGACAUUGGAUCUCCACUAAGUACCUGGUUAGUUUCUUCUUUGUGUCUGUAUUCUCAACUCUGUUUUUUUUGUCACUCAAGUCACCAUGUACUACACAAUAUCUACAAGGCUAGGUUGGAUCUAAGUUAGUACUGUCAUAAGGUCAACUGUGAGAUUGCAUGUUAAAUGAACCUCAUCAUGUCAUCAUACUGGCAGCUUUAUGAGCAUUUUCACUGCUCUUGUGUUUUAUGGAAAAGUGUAUUUACUCUCGUAUACAGCCUUUUGUUUCUUACUGCUCGUUCCAUAUAUCAUAAUAUCCCUCCGUGUUUUCAUUCUGGUGUAUUACUCUUUAAGUAACUCAAUCUGUCGAAGUUCUUAAGUGAAAGGUCAUGAAUAAAAACAAGUUGAAGUUGAA